AUGGUAAAGCUGGAGCUAGAUCAGGUGGUAAUGAGGAGGAUGAGGGAGGAUGACAUCGAGACUGUCAAAGCUAUCAUCAAGCUGCUGUUCCUGCGCCUCUUGGAAGCAGGCGCCCUGUGUCCAGGCCUGUGGGGUUAUGGAGCUCCAGACAGUGUGGGACUGUGUUACUCUGUCACCUGGUUCUGUUCCUGGUCCCCCUGCUCAGACUGCUCCUACAGGCUGGCCCAGUUCCUCAGCCAGACCCCCAACCUCCGCCUCAGGAUCUAUGUCUCCAGGCUCUACUUCUGUGACCCGGAGGACAGCAGUGCGAGAGAGGGUCUCCGCAUGCUGCAGAGAGCCGGGGUGCAGAUCACUGUCAUGAACUAUGAAGACUAUUUCUACUGUUGGCAGACCUUUGUGGCUUGCAGACAGCGUGUGUUUAAGGCCUGGGACGGACUGCAUCAGAACUCUGUUCAACUGGCCAGGAAACUUAACGACAUCCUCCAGCCUGGUGAGGCAGAAGAUUGGGGAGAUGCUUUCGAGCUACUUGGACUGUGAUUCACCUCUAUCCCUGUCAUAUAGCUGAUAUGGAGCUGUUUAUUUCUGCUCCUCCCACUGGUSCUACCUGUCAAUGUUAUACUGUAAAGAUCACUUUAAUCUAUCAUUGUAAAAGUAAAUAAUAAUAACUGAAAUAGGUCAACUGUACAACUCAAUAAUGUGUU